CAUCUUUAUUAUCACUUGUAAUUGCACAAUAAGACAAAAGUUCUAUUUUUCGUACUUGCAUCGUCCCACCAAAUUACUUGUCUAUUUUUCCAAAUCAAGCAAACAUGCAAAAAUCCAUCCACUUGAGCUUCUUUUUCUUCCUUGCUAUAUUGUCAACCAUAUCCACAGUUUCCUUGGCAUCCAAUCUUAAAGUUGGUUUUUAUCACAAAACUUGUCCAUCAGCUGAAACAAUAGUCAAUAAUGUCGUAAACAAAGCUAUCUCACAAAAUCCUGGCUUAGGAGCAGGACUUAUUCGGAUGCAUUUCCAUGACUGCUUUGUUAGGGGAUGUGAUGCAUCAAUACUACUAGACCCAACACCAGGAAAUCAAGUAGAGAAACAACAUCCAGCAAACAACCCAAGUCUACGAGGUUAUGAAGUCAUCGACGAUGUCAAGGCAGAGCUCGAAGCUCAAUGCCCUGGAGUUGUCUCUUGUGCAGACAUCAUAACCUUUGCAGCUCGAGACAGUGCCUCGAAGCUAGGAGGGAUCAAGUACGAGGUACAAUCAGGACGAAGAGAUGGAAGAAUAUCAAACUUAAAUGAUCCAAGAGGAAACAUCCCUCUACCCUCUUUCAACUUACAACAACUUGAAGAUAGUUUUAAUAGGAAAAGUCUUUCAUUAGAGGAGAUGGUUGUUCUUUCAGGGGCUCAUUCUAUUGGAGUCUCCCAUUGUUCAGCAUUCAAUGAAACUCAUCCACAAUAUCCUACUUUGGAUCCUAGCCUAGCCAAUGUGUUGAGGAACACAUGCCCUAACCCUCCUUUUAAUGCUAAUAAUGAUCCAACAGUUCCACUAGAUUUUGUUACACCCAAUAAGUUGGAUAAUAGAUACUACCAAGACUUGCAACAUAAUAGGGGGAUAUUGAACUCGGACCAAGCUCUUAUGACUAGGCCAACCACGGUGCACAUGGUGAGGUCGUUCGGCUCGAAAGGUGGAGAUUGGGCUAAGAAGUUUGCUAAGGCUAUGGUUCAUAUGGGUUCCAUUGAGGUGCUCACUGGUAAUCAAGGAGAGAUCAGGAGAAAUUGCAGGGUUGUUAAUUACUAAUUUACUACUACUUAGUACUUAGUAGUGUAUGUACGUUAUGCACAAUGAUAUUCGUUUAUUUUUUCAUAAACUUAAUUUAAUUAAUUUAUUAUGUACUGUUUUUCAAUUGUACCAAAAGAGGAUAAUAUUUAAAUUAUUGUCAAAAAGAUGUAUGCAAGUA